CCCGCCCCUCCAGCACCACGUGACCCCGCUUCCCGCCUCCUCCGCGCUCCCGCCCUCCCCUUGGCGCGGGGGGUCAUGGGAGCCGUAGUCCGCGGGAGGGCCGAAUGCGGCUGCGCGCGCUGCGGGCCGCCCCGCGCGGACUACACUUCCCAGAGCCCCCCGCGCGGCGCGGCGCUCCCGUGAUGCCGCGCGCCCCCUGGCGGCGCGGGCGGCGGCCGGAGCGGCGGGGAUGAGCGAGGAGGGGGCGGGCGGGGCCCGGCGGAGCGGCGGCGCCUUCCCCAGCCUGGAGCAGAUGGUGGCCGCCAGCCCCGGGAAGACGCCCAUCAGCCUGCUGCAGGAGUAUGGCACGCGCCUAGGCCGCACCCCGGGCUACGACCUGCUCAAGGCCGAGGGCCAGGCCCACCAGCCCAACUUCACCUUCCGCGUCACCCUCGGGGACAUCAGCUGCACCGGGGCCCAGCAAGAAGGCGGCGAAGCACAAGGCGGCCGAGGUGGCCCUGAGGCUGCUCAGAGGGGGGGGGGCCAUGCUGGAGCCCCUGGAGCACAGCUCUCCUUUCCCCCCGGAGCCCCCCGCAGAGCCCGGCCCCGCCGCGCCCCCCCCCGGCCCCCGCCGCGCCCCCCCCCCUCGCCCAGGGGCCCCCCCCUGGAGAUGAAGACGCCGGUGUCCCCCCCCCCAGGCCGAGUGCAACCCCGUGGGGGCUCUGCAGGAGCUGGUGGUGCAGAAGGGCUGGCGCCUGCCCGAGUACACGGUGACGCAGGAGUCGGGGCCGGCGCACCGCAAGGAGUUCACCAUGACGUGCCGCGUGGAGAGAUUCGUGGAGAUCGGCAGCGGCACCUCCAAGAAGCUGGCCAAGCGCAACGCGGCCGCCAAGAUGCUGGUGAGGAUCCACAACGUGCCCAUGGAGCCGCGCGACGGCAGCGAGGCCGAGGGCGAGGAGGACCAGUUCAACAUGACGUGCCCCCGGCUGGAGGGGCUGCGGGGCCGCGCCCCCGGCUGCACGUGGGACUCGCUGCGCAACUCGGCGGGCGAGAAGCUGGGCCAGCUGCGGAGCCGGGGGGGCAACCCCGCGCCGGGGGGGGCCUGCGCCCUCCUGCAGGAGCUCUCGGAGGAGCAGAGCUUCGCCAUCAGCUACCUCGACAUCGACGCGCUGAGCCUCAGCGGGCUGCACCAGUGCCUGGUGGAGCUGUCCACGCAGCCGACCACGGUGUGCCACGGCACCGCCCCGUCCCGCGACGGCGCCCGCGCCCAGGCCGCCCGCAACGCGCUGCAGUACCUGCGCAUCAUGGCCGGGGGCAAGUGAGCCCUGCGGGGGCAAGGGAGCCGUGCCCGGGGCAAGCCAGCCCUGCCGGGGGCAAGGGAGCCCUGCCGGGGGGCAAGGGAGCCGUGCCGGGGCAAGGGAGCCCUGCCGGGGCAAGGGAGCCCUGCCCAGGACAAGCCAGCCCUGCCCAGGACAAGCCAGCCCCGCCGGGCACGGGCACUGCCCCUCGCCCCCCGGGCAGCGCUCGGACCUCCGGGCACGGCCCCCACCCGCGGCCCCCGCGCCGCCCCCGCUGCGGGUGGACAGACAGACAGACGGACCUCAGGGCCCGGGACCCCCCUCCGGCCUGGCCCCCCAUCAGGAGGGUCCCCGGUGCCAUCGGCCCCCCAGAAUAAAGCUGGGGGGGUUUGUA